CGAUUCUUCGUUUCGAUAAAUUCAACUGGAGCCCCGCCUGUCCUCGAUCCGACGCUCUUCACCACCUUCUUCUAUAUAUUCGACCAACAACCACCUGCUCGCUCUCUAAACCACCAUCACCAUGUCUGUCACUGAUGUCCUCACCCGCAAGUCCGGCGUCAUCGUCGGCGACGACGUCCUCAACCUCUUCAAAUACGCCCAGGAGCACAAUUUCGCCAUUCCUGCUAUUAACGUGACUUCCUCCUCCACCGUCGUCGGCGCCCUCGAGGCUGCCCGCGACUCAAAGUCCCCCAUCAUCCUCCAGAUGUCCCAGGGUGGUGCUGCCUACUUUGCCGGAAAGGGUGUCUCAAACGCCGACCAGAAGGCUUCCAUCGCCGGUGCCAUCGCCGGUGCCCUCUACAUCCGCGCCGUUUCCCCCUCCUACGGCGUCCCCGUCGUUCUCCACACCGAUCACUGCGCCAAGAAGCUCCUUCCCUGGAUGGACGGCAUGCUCGACGAGGACGAGAAGUACUUCAAGGAGCACGGCGAGCCCCUCUUCUCCUCGCACAUGCUCGAUCUCUCUGAGGAGCCCAAGGAGGAGAACAUCGCCAUCGUCAAGAAGUACUUUGAGCGUGUCGCCCCCAUGAAGCAGUGGCUCGAGAUGGAGAUCGGCAUCACCGGUGGUGAGGAGGACGGUGUCGACAACACCGGCGUCGACAACGCCGCUCUCUACACCCAGCCCUCUGACAUCUACGACGUCUACUCCGCCCUCUCCUCCGUCGGCCCCUACUUCUCCAUCGCCGCCGCCUUCGGCAACGUCCACGGUGUCUACAAGCCCGGCAACGUCAAGCUCCAGCCCGAGCUUCUCGGAAAGCACCAGGCCUACACCAAGGAGCAGACCAAGUCCUCGUCCGACAAGCCCAUCUUCCUUGUCUUCCACGGUGGCUCUGGCUCCUCCAAGCAGGAGUUCUCCACCGCCAUCAGCUUUGGUGUCGUCAAGGUCAACCUCGACACUGACCUCCAGUUCGCCUACCUCGAGGGUAUCCGCGACUACAUGCUCAACAAGAAGGACUAUGUCAUGACCCAGGUCGGCAACCCCGACGGCGCCGACAAGCCCAACAAGAAGUACUUUGAUCCCCGUGUCUGGGUUCGCGAGGGUGAGAAGACCAUGUCGGCCCGCGUCAAGACCGCGCUCUCUGACUUUGGCUCGGCCGGCUCCGUCUAAAUCUCUUUUGUGUAAAUCUCUGCGACGUGUUUGUUAAUCUUGAAUAAAAAUAAUCCAAAUUAU